CAGCUCUCAACAACACUCCCUUUCUCGCAACAAGCGGCAUUCAAAUCAAUCACCAUGCCUGGCUCCAUGUCCCUUUUCACCGUCAAUGCGGUGCUGAUUAUGUCCACGGAGGACAACUCCCGCAUCUACGCCAAAUACUUCUCCCCUCCCCAUCCUCCGGCCGGCGUCUCCCCCUCCGCGACCGACUAUCCUGGCGCCAAUCCCUACCCUACCGUGAAGGAGCAAAAGGCCUUUGAGACAGGGCUUAUGGAAAAGACAAACAAGCAGAGCAAUGACGUGAUUCUGUACGAUAACCGAGUGGUGGUGUUCAAAGUCGAGAGCGAUGUUAUGCUCUACGUAGUCGGCAGUGGGGACGAAAACGAGGUUUUGCUGUACAACGUUGUGCUAUCUCUACGCGAUGCCUUGGGGAUAUUAUUCAAAGGAGCCACAGAUAAACGCACCAUUAUUGAAAACUACGACCUCGUCACCCUCGCCAUCGACGAAAUUAUUGACGACGGCAUCAUCCUUGAGACAGACCCCGUCCUCAUCGCUUCCCGUGUCAGCCGUGCUCCUGCCGCUGAUGCCCCGAACAUGAAGAACAUUGAUCUUUCAGAACAAGGCCUCCUCAACGCAUGGGAGUUUGGAAGACGUAAACUUGCGGAGCAAUUACGACAGGGACUAUGAAAUUUCUCUUUGUUCGCUUCUCUUUAUGUUUAUAUUUUUCUCGAAUUGGAGUCUGCAUUUUUGAGUUUUAUAUCAACUUCUAGAAACGUGCCUCUGUUCAUACCUUUUGUUUGUAUUGGGAAUAAAAAUCUGGGAUAGGCGUGUUCCUUUUUAUAUGAUUAAUGAUUGCGACUGCUCAUGGACUGCUAGUUCAUUGUUCAACACCAAGACAUCAUUUUUACUCCGGAUUUACAACUCUUUUAGUAUUUAUAUACUCUUUGAACCGAUACGCUUAGAAUACGGGUAUUGCAGUUACCUCUUGUUCGCCUUGCAGUAUUCUUAUGUAUUUUGAGCUAUAACCGCUACUAAAAUACCAAAAUUUACAUAAAG